AUGCCCAUCUUCUACUCGCCCGUCAGCGACAAUGUCGGCGCGGGCCUGGCCUACGUGGGAACUUCGGUGUUGAGUGAGCACGUCCACAGAGAGCGCCGUGACCUUUCACUGGCCAACGAGGUGGCGUGCGACCUUCCUCUGCAGAUGUUAAUCUACUUCAACGUAUUUUAUUUCCCCUGCUGGUGGCUUUCCUCCAUCUGCAUGUUGGAAGUCAAGUUUGCGUACCUUCCGGGAUACUACCAAGGGCUACUGAUCACCGGAAUUGUACUCAUCACGCUCGUUGAACUUCUACGACUCUACCUCGGAUACUUUGGAAACCUCCAGGAGAACGUUUCGGCGUUGUCGUGCUUCUGCGUGGUGACGUUCCUGUUCCAGGUUCCCGUUUUGCUGUUCAUGGUGACGGACGAGGCCGCGCUGGUGCUGCCCUUGGAGCGCGCCAUACACUGGCUGUUCCUGAGCUUGCUGCUGGCGCAGAGCCUGGCCGCCGGGCUGGCUGUGCACAGGAUGAGCCGGAAGCUGACAGUGCUCUUCCACCUCGGCCAGCUGACCAAGGUGAGGUCCAGGUUUGGAACCGCCGGCUUGGCCUACCGCCGCGCCGUCACGCCCGCACACGUGGCGUCACCCAUCACCUGUCGCUGA